AGAAGAAGAAGAAGGGACGUUCUUCCUUGAGACUGGUAGAGGGUUGACUGUUCAGAAUCACAAUUACAUUUAAUAGAAGCAUCUAACUUCAUAGCUAGAAGAAGAAUCAAGCUCUGGAGUAACUGAUGGGAGAUCGUACAGUGGAUCAAAAUGGUCCUAUGCGGGUGUUGGUGACUGGGGGAACUGGUCUGGUGGGCAGGGCCAUAGAACAUGUGGUCAAAGAGGAGGGAGGGGCCAGGGAGGGAGAGGAGUGGAUCUUCCUCUCGUCUAAGGAUGCAAACCUCAUGGACAUGGGUGAGACACGGGCAGUGUUUCAGAAGCACCAGCCCACCCACAUCAUCCACCUGGCAGCCAUGGUGGGAGGGCUCUUCAAGAACAUGAGGGCCAACCUAGACUUCUGGAGGAACAAUAUCUACAUCAAUGACAACGUUCUUCAGGCAGCACACGAGGUAGAUUCUGUCAGGGUGGUCUCUUGUCUCUCCACCUGCAUCUUCCCUGACAAGACCACCUACCCCAUCGACGAGACCAUGAUCCACAACGGCCCUCCUCAUGAGUCUAAUUAUGGUUACGCCUACGCUAAGAGAAUGAUCGAUGUCCACAAUAGGGCGUAUCACCAGAAGCAUGGGCGGUGCUACACAGCAGUGAUACCAACAAAUGUGUUUGGUCCUCAUGAUAACUUCAACAUUGAGGAUGGACAUGUACUACCAGGUCUCAUACACAAAGCCUACAUUGCUCAGAAGGAGGGCAGUCCGCUGGUGGUGUGGGGCUCAGGAACUCCCAGAAGGCAGUUCAUCUACUCAUUGGACCUGGCUCGUCUCUUCCUCUGGGUGCUGAGAGAGUACCAUGAGGUGGACCCCAUCAUACUGUCUGUUGGUGAGGAGGAUGAGGUGUCCAUCAAGGAGGCAGCCGAGGCCGUCGUCGAGGCGCUGGGGUUCAAAGGUCAAGUGACUUAUGACACUACCAAAGCGGACGGUCAGUUCAAGAAGACUGCCAGCAACGCCAAGCUGCUGCGGUACCAUCCCAACUUCACCUUUACCCCCUUCAAACAAGCUUUGAAGCAGACGUGUGAUUGGUUCGUGGCCAAUUACGACAAUGCCCGCAAGUGAAUAUUCCUUCAAUAUGAUUGAGUCAUGGGUAACUGCAUACAUGGAGUGUGUCUGAAAGUGGGAGGAUCAACAGAAGCGGGUGUAUGGAAAGCGAAUCAGCUAAUUGGGCAGAUUUGUUGCCACUCAAGACCGUUUUGCGUGGCAGAUUGGGCUGCAUGACGAGUUGAUUGUUGACAACUGUAGCAUUUUAGCUAACCCUUUUCCUAACCUACCACCAGGGUUGGGUAGGUUACAUUCUAAAUGUAAUGUUAGGUACUAGGUACCUGUCCAAAAUUGUAAUCAAUGUGAGUGUGUUGCUAUGGAAUACCUAGGAUAGGAUAAAGUAAUCCUUCUAACCCCCCCUAAAAGAUUUAGAUGCACU